CAGUGAUGAUUCAUAGCUAUGAUGCAUCGGGGUGGUAAAGGUCAAACCUAGAAUUUACAAAUGGCGUUUACGGAUAAAUACUAUCUACGUCAGUGAAUUGAUAGACAAAGUCCAACUAAGCCUAUAUGUAAGUGUAGAGAAAUUAUUGCCAGCAUUGACAAGAUUACGGCCAUCCUGGGCUUUUGAAAUAAUGACUGCUGAUAAACCCGAAGAAGGAGACAAAGUCUCAUGGAAUUGGGGAGGUGGUGCCCCAGGUGGCACAGUCACCGAGACGAAAGACGAAGGCGAAAUAGCGAUCAAAUCAAAGCGUGGCAAUACAAUCAAGAAGAACGCGUCGCCCGAUAACCCAGCCGUUCAUGUCGAGCGAUCUGGAAACGACGUGGUCAAGCGAGCCUCGGAACUCACGGUAGAAUUGAAGUCCUCGAAGAAUAGGGGUAAAGAGGAUGACGACGAUGAGAAUAGCGGUACCAAGCGCAAAGUCAACAAUGAUGAUAAUCUAGAAAACGGUGCCAACGAAGCUGAAAACGAGUCUGAAGAGGCUGCCGGUACGGACGAUGUACAUACGACAAAUAAUCAGGGGAAGGAGGUGAAGAAAGGUGGCAAAGCCGCCAACAAGAAACAGAAGACUCGUCAGGACGAGGAUGUGAAGGGCAAGUCCGAUGCUCCGGAUGCUUCUGAAGAAGAAGAGGAGGAGGAGGAGGCUGAAGAAGAGCCAGCUGAAACGAUAGAGGAGGACAUGAGCGAGGACGGAGACGCUGACGGAGAUGAACAAAACGAUGAAAAGCGAACACACACCACCAAAAGAACCGGCGGCGAUGCCAAGAAUGGAGCGGCGAAGGAGAAAGGAGACGGCAAACCGGCAAAGACAUCUACUCAGUCUAAAACGAAGACGCAUAAGGACCCUGCGCCACGAGAAGAUGGGGACCAGGUGAGCGCGCGGACUCGGAGCCAGCAGAAGGUAGACUGAGCUAGCUGGUCAACGUAUUAAGUAGCUAGGCUCUCUUUCACUUCUUAGCAGUAUCAAGAUAUCUAUCUAUACAUUCAC